AUGGCGAGCCUAGUACAGAAAGAAUUACAAGAGCAGUGUCAACCAUCGCCCAAACUCGCAUUCCUCCAGCUUACCGAACCGUUAUACGGGGAGAGUGGAACUUUGGCAUUUCAAGACCUGUUGCGACGCUACCAAAAGCACUGGAAAGAACUACCAGAGGCAGCCAAGAAUGGCAGCUCGUCAGACUGGGUGGUGACAGUUGAUCAUGUUCAGCAGAGAAUAAAGUCGGUUAUGCCCCAUAUGACCGAAUUCAUCUCAUGUGAAUCCCGGCAGCCAGCCCUCCUGGAACCCAGGUCAGGCCGCGUCAUAUCACACACAGAGGUGCGGGAGUUCAUAGAAAACUUUGAUCUUAUGCUCCCAGACUCAAUUUGUGGGAAGCCGCGGGUGGCAGUCGUUCUUCCCAACGGGCCUCUCCUGGCCCUGGCUUUACUUGCGGUAGCGAACCGCUAUACCGUUGUGCCGAUGGCAACUACAGCAGCCCCUGAGGAAUUAAUGACUGACCUUGACGCGGUCGGGGCAGAUGCAGUUCUCAUGCUUGAAUCGGAUACGAAACGGCUGCAUAAAAAGACGGAGUUACUCGUCUUCACAGUUCAACCCGAAGAUGACUUGACUUUCAGUGUUACUUGCACAAACUGCUCCAUUGAAUCGUGUCGAGCCCAGCACGCUCCCAAUGGUCCGGAUGAACUCGCCAUCAUUUUGGCCACGAGUGGCAGCAGUGGUAACAAGAAGCUAGUUCCUAUCACCAUGUUCAAUCUUCUUGCCAGUGCAACAUUCGUGAUGGACAGUCUGGAGUUGACUCCUGGAUCUCGCUGUUUGAAUAUGAUGCCACUCCAUCAUGUCGGCGGUAUGAUGCGAAAUUUGUGGGCUCCCCUUGUGGCAGGGGGUAUGACGAUCUGUUGCUCUCAAUUUGAUCCGAACCUCUUCUGGGAUAUGGUGGAAGAGCAUCGCCCAACGUGGUACUACGCAGCACCAACGAUGCAUGAGAUGAUAGUAGCCGAAGCUGCACAACGGGUUGAAUCUAUUAGGAAAAGCACUAUUGCAACUAUAUGCAACGGGGCAGCAGCACUGCCCCCGAACCUCGCACAGCAGCUCGGAGACAUAUUUCAAUGCUCAUUGUCACUCAGCUAUGGAAUGACUGAAUGUGUACCCAUUACUGCACCACCUAAGGCCGGCCGCUUCAGUCGGCCAGGAAGCACCGGACUGGCCGCGGGGCCAGAGCUAGCAAUUUUUCACACGCAGCACACGCAGCAGCAUGCCCCUACUGGCUCGGUAGGUAGGAUCUGUGUCCGAGGCCUACCUGUAUUCCCAGGUUACCUCAUCAAAAAUGGACUGGAUCGGAGCUCGUUCACUUCAGCAGGGUGGUUUGACACGGGUGAUCUCGGAUAUGUUGACGAGAAUGGGUGGCUCUAUAUCACCGGGCGGACGAAAGAAGUCAUCAAUCGCGGAGGGGAGACGAUAUCGCCGGUGGAGGUCGAGGAUGCCAUGGUAUCAGCUUCCCGAGACCCGUCAUCGAAUAUUUUUGGCCGUAUCAGGGAGGCUCUGGCAUUCCCUACUCCCCAUGAUGCCCUUCAAGAGGUUGUUGGUGUGGCGAUUGUAACCCCAGCAGGUCGCAUGAGGCCUGAUCUUCGCCAAAUUCACAAGGCUCUGAGGGAGCGUCUUCAUCAGCCCAAAUGGCCUGUUCUUUUGGUUUACAUGGAUGGCCUUCCUAAAUCACGCAACAAGUUGCGACGCAUCGGCCUAAGUCAAAGACUGGGUCUGGAGACAUUGACAGAUCAAGUUCCUACGGCUGAGCGGCACUACGAGGCACUGUGUCCGCCGGUGGAUACACCUGUCAGCGUAUCCAUCACUCGAAAACGAUGCGAGGUCAAUUUUCGCUUGGUGGAGGGAUAUAUUGCGCAAGUUUCGGGACUGUCGGAGGUAUUUUUGCAAGUCCACGCGGACGGAUACCCCCGAGCCAUCAUCUUCAGGGACGGGACUGGUGAUGUCUCGCCGGAGGAGAUCCUCGCCAGCCUCCCAGAGCUUAUGCACGGAUAUCUCAUUCCCAGUAGAUUGGACGUGCUAGAUGGUCCUAUGCCACGCAACACACAUGGGUUGAUUGACGAGGCUGCUGUGCAAGCCAAGCUGACUGCACUGCAUCCAACAGCCACGUCAAGCACGCAGCAGCAGGUAUCUAAUCUCUUCGCAACGGCACUCAGAGCUGCCCCGGAAGAUAUGACUCCCGCGACCGACUUUUUCGAGUCGGGUGGGGACAGUAUGAGUGCGGGCCAGCUUAUCUCCAAGAUCCGGCAGGAGUUCCGGGUGCCUGUGGCAGGGGAUGUUCUUUUUCAGCAUAGUACUGUAGGCGCCAUCACGGCCAUUAUCGAGGCAGCGAUCGCUGAUUCUGAGACACGUAAAGUUGAAAGUCACGAGCUUCCAGGUUGUCGAGAGACAUAUAGCUCCACUCAUCCAUGGGUGUUAUUCCUAAAUUUUGUUCCAUCUGUCAUUCUUUACCCAAUGCUUCAGGCGCUGCGCUGGUCAUUCUUGGUUUAUCUGCUCUCUGAAAUAUCGACACGGUUUCCGCUGCGUCCGAAUCUCUUUGGACGGCUGCUUGGCCUCAUCCUCAUCCAACUGACUGUCCAGCUGUUGAUGGCAAUUAUCUCCCCCCUAAUAGGGAUCGCACUAAAAUGGCUCCUUGUUGGUCGAUACCGCGCAGGAAUGUAUCCAAUGUGGGGACCGUACCAUAUGCGGUGGUGGCUGGCACAGAAAGCGCUCCAAGUGUGUGGGAAGGGUGUAUUCGACCGUUAUGGCAGGAGCCGAAUCUGGUACUAUCGAGCUUUGGGUGCACGUAUUGGCCGCAAUGUCUUUAUCGACGAAUUCACGGCCCUUGGGGAGUACGAUCUCCUUCACAUCGGCGACGGUGUGGUGCUUGAGAAUUGCAUCUGCCGUCCAUUUGCGAGUGAGCGCAAUACUUCGAUGCUGCUACAGCCCAUCACCAUUGGAGCCAACUCUUAUGUGGGCCUCCGAUCGACCGUGGUACCUGGGACCACGCUGCCCCCCAGCACGUGUGUCGGCGCCAACUCGUCCACCUGGGAAGUCGACGAUGCGGACGAGUCCAACCGCGAUCAAUAUUUUGCCCGGGAUAUGCAGCCCCACUGGAUCUGGCAUAUUUUGGUCGUGGGGUGGCUGCAGCUUCUUGUACACUUCGUGUCGGAAUUGCCGCGCAUCGCAGGUUUGCUCCCAAUCGUAAGUCGCUACCCGGCUGUCGCGGACGACCGUUUGCGACACACCGUGUCUUGGCUCACCAGCCGGACUCGGAUCGGCUACUUCCUUCUCAUGCGGCUCUACUCUGCUGUGGCGGGACCCUUUGCGUGGUUCCUGGCGGUGCUUGUAAUCAAGCGCGGUUUGGACGCAGUUUGUGGUCGGCCGUCGCGAGGCCCUAUGAACAGACUGCGUUCGGCUCAGAAGGUGAGACACGCGGCCCUAUACGCCAUCCUUCCGCAGGGGGACAUCUCCCGCCUGGCGCAACUGGUAGGGCCGCACUACGAGCUGGUCUCUGUGGCGGUACGGCUGUUGGGCGGGAGCGUGGGGAAACGUGUAUACUGGCCACGUACCGAGUUGAAACUGAUCCCGGACUUUGACCUGGUGGACAUCGGGCACGACGUAGUGUUUGGCUCCCGGUCGUGCCUGGUCACGAUUGACGGGCUGGGCAGGGACCCCAUUGUUAUCAAGAAUGGGGCCAUGCUGGGGGACCGAUGCGUAGUCCUUCCGGGGGUCACCAUUGGGACGCGCACGAUGGUUGGCUCAGGCGCAUUGCUGCGGCGAAACGGCUCCUAUCCGGACGACAGCGUCUGGACUGGCAGCAAGCAUGGUGAUGCCGUCCGCUUCCCUCAGCUCAGGGGGAAGGGAGAUGGUACCAAGUAUACUGAAGAUGGGGAACACAACACGACAAGGCCGUUCGGGCGCGCCCUGUACUUGGGAAAGGCAAACUACCAUGUACUGGGCCAGGGGCCUAUCGUUGGGUACUCCAGCUUUAUGGUUGCUUUCACCGCCGUGUACUCAAUGGCUUCGCCGUUGGCAGCGUUGCUCGUGCUGAGUCGUCUGCUCCCAAGGGAACUGACGGCUUUUGAGAUGCGAUGGUGGCGUCCUUUUGCCGUGUAUGGCGUAUUAUCAGCAGUCAUGGCGGCAGUGGCUUUAGUCCAAGGGAUAGUGUCGUUGGCGAUUGUUAUCGCAAGCAAGUGGAUGCUCCUCGGACGACGACAGGAGGGGUCCUACCCCUAUGACCGCAGUAGCUAUUGCCAGCGCUGGCAGAUUCAGCGCACCAUCGAUAUGCUCAUUGAGCAUUCCUUUGGCGGGACGGGCAUCCGGUCGUUACUCAGCGGGACGGCGUACCUCAGCUGGUUCUACCGCGCGAUGGGGGCGACGAUCGGGGCAGAUUGUGCGCUGAGCGCAAACGGUGAACCGCACAUUUUUCUCACGGAGCCGGACCUGGUGACACUGGGGGAUCGGGUCACAGUAGAUGAUGCCAGCCUGGUGUGCCAUCUCAACACGCGUGGGGAUUUUGAGCUGCAUCCGCUUCGAGUGAGCGAUCGGAGUGUGAUGCGCACCGGGUCUCGAUUGUUGUCAGGGGCGUCGAUGGGGAAGGAUGCGUGUUUGUUAGAGCAUACGCUCGUGCUGUCGGGGGAUCAUGUUGAGGAUGGAACGACGUUGCAGGGCUGGCCGGCGGAGGAAUUUAGGGGGGAUCGACUACGACCGUAG